AUGGCCAGCCUGACAUGGCAACGACCCCGAGGAAGUUCAGAGGGGAAACGAAGACAUCUCGCAAGGAGUUCGGACGACGGGCGGGCGGGCGCUUACAAGGUCAAAUCGCCAUCUUCCGGUAUGAUGGCAGUAUCUGCCGGGGGCGGCCCUCUGGAGGUGGACGCUGCGUAUCCUCUGGCGGACGUGACGGAGAUGCCGCACAUCAACUUCAUCCGGUUCAGGGGCCUUGGAGACUCUCUGCUGGAGGAGGAGGAGGAGGAGGUGGAGGAGGUACCCUACUUCGACGCCUCCAUGUCCUCCACCUACACCGCCUACCUGGGCAAGACGGCCACCCUCACCUGCGUCGUUCACGCCGCUCGGAGUGACAAAUCGGUGUCGUGGAUCCGAGGCCGCGACCUGCGCAUCCUGACGGUGGGCGGCUACACGUACACGACGGACCUGCGCUUCGAGGCCCUCCACCAGAAGGCCAGCUCGGAGUGGACGCUCAGGAUCAAGUCGGUGCAGCUGCGGGACCAGGGCAGCUACGAGUGCCAGAUCACCACCAAGCCCAUCAGGACCUUCAACGUUUUCCUCAAGGUCGUGGAGCCGACAGUAGAGGUGAUCGGCGCGCCGGACAUCUACGUAAACACGGCCAGCAUGAUCAAUCUCACGUGUGUUGUGAACCACGCACCUUACCCCCCCGAGGCCAUCACCUGGUUUCACGGUAACCAGACGAUCAGCUACACCUCGAAGCGCGGGGGCGUGAGCGUGGUGGAGGAGCGCGGCGAGACCACCACCAGCAUCCUCCUCCUGCAGAACGCGAGGGCGUCCGACUCCGGCGCCUUCACCUGCCAACCCGAGGGCAUGGAGUCCGCCCAGGUCACCCUCCACGUCCUGGACGGUAGGUGGCUCGAGAACAAUGUCUGA